UCUCUCUCUUCUCAUAUAUAAUAAUAAACCGAGUGGAGCAGCAGCAGCAGCUCGUACAGAGCUUUGCGCUAUAGACUCUCUCUGCUCUGCUCGCUCGUGUGUGUACAUCCGUGUGAAUAUCAGUGUGUGUGCGUGUGUAAAAUAUCUGCGCGCUGUCGUAUGUGGUACAGGUCGGAUUCCAAUGGCCGAAGAAGAAUCAUCAUCGCACUGCAACAACUCGUCGGUAGCAGCAGCAGCAGCAGCAGCAGCAGCUCGUCGUCGCAGUAGUUGUAGCACAAGUAGUAGUGGUAGCUGUAGCGGCAGCGGCAGCGUUACUACUGCAUCGGCAGCAGCAGCUCGAUCGUCCAACAACGACUGCGUCAACAAACAACCGCAGCAGCAACAACAACAGCGUCGAAACAGCAGCGGUCAGCAACAACAGCAACAGCAACCAAUUCCAGCCUGACGCGGUGUCAAUUGUUACAGCAACAACAACAUCAACAUCAACAAUAAUUUCGUCUCGGCCCAGAAGAAGAGACAUCAUCAGUUGCAGCAGCAGCAGAAGAGACCACCGUUGGCGCGGCUGUUCCAGCUGCUGGUGAGGCUGUUUCUCGGCGUGGUCGCGGCCAUCAGGCGGCCGGUCCUCGAGCGCAAGGCCCAGCUCGCCGCGAAACUGCGACGCAGACCUGGCAGAUACUGCCUGCGCAUACUGCCCCGCAAGACUUGACUCUUUCGCGAGUGCGCUUGUAUCUUGGUGGUUUGGGGUAAACUGCUUCGUUUUUCUCUCAUUUUUUUUCAUCGCGACAUAUUGCUUGUAACACACGCUGUGUGCUGCUGUGCUACGCGUUGAUCAUCGUAUUAUUAUAAUACGUUAUCGCGUAUAUGGCGCACGGCUGCGCGCGACUAUACUACACAACUAUUUGGAUGGACCGUGCAGUAAAGCAGCAGCAGCAGCAGCGGCUGCGAAUAGCUCACAUACAUAUGUAAGCGUGUGUACUAGAUAUGAAGCGUAACGAUAGUUUCCAGCCUGCUUGUGUCUGUGCGCCGUCGAUUUUGUGCAUUUAAGUGCGACCGUGUGUGCGUGUGUGCGAGUGCCGUGUGCAUACAGCAGCAUAGUUAUAGCCCUAGCUUAGAGGGGGACUCCGUGUAAUAGCGUGUAAUUGUAUUAUCGACUGUUUAAUUCGUUUUUUCCCGUGGCGUAUUUGUACGAAGAGAGAAAGAUAGACGUCACCGAGCGACUCACCUGUGUGACCCCCCUUGACUGCGCCAACGUACGCAAGUUAUUUACUCCAGACAGUGUAGCAAGAGAAUAAAAGGAAAAUUGGAUCAGCCCAGUGAAGAGUAUCAACGCGAACUCAGACCCGGUCGACAUAAAAUCUCUCUUCUCUUUCUCUCACUGUUGCUCGUGUGCGUCGCCAUCGGCCGAUCGGCUCUCGACGUCGCCGCCGCCUCACACGUGGCUCGUCCGUUAAUACAUACUAUACAGCACGACUGCCGUAUACAGAGAGAAAGCCGAGGGAGUGAAAUAAGUGGAACUACGAGCGGCGCAUUCAUUAAGCCAGAUGGUUCGUGGCAGUGAUGCCCUCGUCGGAGGAGGAAAGCCUGUGGCUGGUGGGCAGCGAGGCAGGCGCCCAACAACAGCAGCAGCAUCCCUAUCAAAAUCGUUCCGGCCAGCAGCAGCAACAACAAAAACAACAAGCAGCAGCGGUCGCGGCGCGUGUCGCGGGCUAUCAGCAACCGACGUCAACGGCCUUUCGACUCUCCAGAGGUCUGCAGCCUUUUAAUCACAAUCAUCGCUCGUACACCGAAGAAAUGCAGCAGCAACAACAACAGCAAUCGGCCAACAGCGGCAACUCGGCCGGUGCUACCGCCGUUGUGGCUGAUCAACAGCAGCAGCAGCAGCUGGAACAACAGCAACAACAGAAUUCCGUCGCUGCGGCGGGACCGGCCAACGGAGCCGGUGGUGGUGGUGGCGGAGACUCGGCCGAACAGCACGAUCUCAUCGACAACGCCAGCGACGCGGCGCUACUCGCCCAAUUUCACGAGGAUGCCAUAAAACAGGCUGGAGUUGGCUACUUUCAACUGAUCGCCUUGCUGUACGUGGGCCUGUGUCUCGCCGCCGACACGGUGGAAUUUUUCGUCGUCCCCUACAUACUUCCGAGCGCCGAGGUCGAGCUGUGCAUCGAAGACAACGAAAAGGGAUGGCUAGGCAACAUCACUCUGGUGGGCCUCGCCAUAGGCGGAAUAUGCUGGGGCGGACUCGGGGAUCGGCUCGGGCGAAGACGAUCGCUGAUCUCGGCCAUGGCCGUGCACUCGCUGUUCAGCGGCGUGGCCACCUUCAUGCCCACCUACGGCACCUUCAUGACAACCAGAUUCUGCUCGGCCGUCGGCGUCGGCGGCUCGCUGCCCCUGGCCUUCAUCUAUCUCGCCGAGUGCUGUCCGCGGGCGUCGCGCGGCAAGUGGAUCGGCAUGCUGAUCGGGGCGGGCGCCCUGGGCGGCGUCUACGCGGCCCUCCUCGCCUGGGCCGUCGUGCCGACGACCGGCGAGAUGGUCGUGCUCGAGAACACCGAGCACUUCAGCGCCUGGCAUCGCUUCCUGCUGUUCUGCUGUCUGCCCGCGUUCUGCGCCACGGUCGGCCUCAUCUUCUUGCCCGAGAGCCCGAGGUACCUCGUCGAGGCGGGCCGCGACGUCGACGCCAUGAUGGUCUAUCAGAAAAUAUACAAGAAAAAUAAUGCACAAAAGAAUGCCGCGGGGGCCCAGUAUCAGCUUUCCGAACUCGAGCUUCCAAACAAGAGACCGCGUGGACUGCCUCCACCGUCUCCAGCUAAUCAUAACACGAGCGUCCUGGCGGACAUCAUGUGCUCCAUCGAAAUGUUUUGGAGUUCUUUCCUGGAGUUAUUCGCGACUCCUUACUUAAAAGUAACCGUAGUACUUCUAGUCAUUUGGUCAGCUACAGCCUUUGGUUUGUAUGGAUUAAUGGUAUGGUGUCCUGAGUAUCUCAAACUCUUACGGUCAAUAGAUUAUCAAGCCCACACAGAAAGAUUUGUCGGUGUAGAAUACAACGGAAAAACAUUCAAUGGUUCCUUGGAAAAUCGUCAAUAUAGAGAUUCAAGAUUUCAGAAUUGCAAAUUUAUUAAAAUGGUAUUUAGUCAUGUUGACUUUGAUAACUGCACAUUUCAGUCGGUGGAAUUUAGUAGUAUAAAAUCGAGUAAAACGCACUUUACUAAUAGUACAAUUGUUGAUUCAAGAUUCAUCGAUACCGAUCUCUCCGAGCAAGCUUUCGUCGAUUGCCACACUGAAAACGUUACACAGCUAAGUCUACGUGGUCCAUGUCCUACCCUUGAUUUAGAUUAUAAUAUAUAUAUCGAAGAAGCGCUGCACGGUCAUCUCGCGGCUCUACUAGCAUUUGUACCAGCCGCUGCAUUGGCUGGAUUAGCGCUUACAGUUCUUCAGCGGCCAAAAAUGAUAGGUGUAUCGUUGUUCCUCUCUUCCAUAGCUGCGCUUUGUCUGAUGUUGGUGAGUUCGAAUAGCGGAGCUGUUUUAGGUUUCGAAAGCGGCUUCAUAGCUAUAUUCGCCAUCGCCUGGACGGCUUUGACAUUAGUGACAGUCGAGUGUUAUCCUACUCAUCUUAGAUGUACUGGCUUUGGUUUGAUGGCUGCGGCCAUUAGAAUAUCGGGUCUGAUAGGCACGGCAACUUAUCAGAGCCUCGUGAACGCGCCCUUGGUCGCGCCGUCGCUACUGACUGCAUCGGCGCUGUUCAUCGCCAGUAUCGCAACGCUCAAAUUGCCGCAAACGCAUACGGUCUUCUUGUAAAGCUGUUGAAAUAUAUGGUAUACGAUUAUCGAGACUUUCGAGGAAGCCACGCGAUGCGCGGAAAUAACGUGAGAUUCGAAUCCAAAGAAAAUUUGGUUUUUAAUUAAGAUGUGUGCGACGAUUUGUACACGAAAUUGCGUGAAUGCGAGUAUAGUCGUGAAUUACUUGGACUGGAUUAAAAAAACCAAGCCAAUUACACGGAGAGCAAUGCAGCAGAAGGGACGUUUUGUAAUUAUAACUGUUCUUUAUUUUAAAAGACAUAAACGUAUCAAACUAUGUGGCAACUCUGCCGAAAUUCAGUAAGUGUGAAUGUGUAUAAAUCGAGAUCGUAGAAGAAGCUCGAAGGUGAUAUUUUGUGCUGAUUAUUAUUUUAUUUUGCGUUAAAGGUGAUAAACUGAGAUUUUACGAUGAAAUGAUAGUUCUCGAGCCUUCGAUUAGUAAUACGAUGGAAAAAAACUAUUAUUUUUCAUAAUUUGUACUUUUUACUGUAUUCUCAUCGAUGGUGAGAACUAAUUUAUCGUGUUUUGUAUUAUGUAAUAAAAUUAUUUGUGUGAAUGUAAAACUUGUUGCAGAUUUAGCUCGAUAGAGAAACGCACAUACCUUUUGUGACAUUGCCAAGUGUAUAGGGAAA